GUCCCAUCACCUCCUCCUUCUCGGUGGACAAGGCGUGGUUUAAACACACGAGGAACGCAUCCGAGUCCAGGUGAACCCCGCACACCGCCAUCGUCCGCCCAACGCUCGGGGGGAAGGCAAACCCUCAGCUCGCUUUAAACCGAACCGGAUCCUCUCCCCCCCCCCUUUCCCGACAAACACGGGGGAGGGGACCGACCCGACAACCGGCGCCGGGCGGCAAGCGCGAGCCUCGCAACUCGGUUCCGGGAACAUUCCCUCCCCCCCCCGAGUUAACGUGGGGGGGAGAUAGAUAGAGAGAAAUAAAAUCACGAGUGAUCAACGCCAGUUUAAAAUUUGAGGCAGAGGGAGUUGGCAUUGUGCACACCGAUUGUAACAGCGCCAGGCCGAAAAGAUGUUGAUAUUUGAUUUUCACUUGGGGGCUGAACACGAGCAAUUUAUGAGGUGACACUGGCUCUCCACAGCAGUUACAGGCCUGAGGCCAGACAGGUGCUUUGCUAUGUCUACUAAAGACCCCUGUCAGAAACAAGCCUGUGAAAUACAGAAGUGCUUACAAGCUAAUCAUUAUCAAGAAAGCAGAUGCCAGCAUGCAAUUGAAGAAAUGCACAAGUGCUGUAAGAUAUAUGCAAAGACAUCUGUUUGCUGUUCAGGGUUUUUGAAAGAAGAGGAAAAGAAAAGCUUACAGAUAUCCACUAAUUGUCAGUGAAUAUAAAUCCUUUAGUCAUAUAUCACUUCCAAAGAUUGCCAAAAUAUUGCACCAGACUUCGAUUAUGAGUUACAUCACAACAAACCAUGAGAAUUUGGAAUGAUGAUAUAAUGAGCACAGCAAUGUCUUUAAAUCUCCUCCCAGUCAAAUGUGAAAUCUGAAGUGUACAGAAUGGCACAAAAAUUGAAUUAAAUAAUGUAUUCUAAAUUUA